GGCAGAGACAUUGGAGAGAAGCACCCAGGAGCUUGGGAUGAUCGAAGCAGAGCUUGCAUGGAGCUGACGGCAGAGAUCUCAUCAUUCUCGUCUCCUAUGAUUAUGGACCUUCGCAGAUCAGUUUUACGAAAUUAGGGGCCAGGUGACUGCUCACGGCUUCAUGAUGAUGGUUUGGAAUGAAGAGUCUUGUUGCUCCGAUCCUGCUGCACAAGUAUGGUGAUAGCUUUAUACUGAUUACCCAUGUACCUGCACCUCCUGCGUGAUCUUCCCUACAAGCUGGAUUACCUCACUCCUUCGGGUAGACAGUUAUUUUAUUAGUAUAGAUGCUCGCAUGCUUCUACUUCUACGGGUUUCACCACGAUGACGGUAGAUGAAUUCUUGAGCAGAGUUAUAUAGGCCAUUAUUUCCAAAUCCACGGACACGAUGCUUGAAGCCCGCUUGUGACUUUUUAUGAUAAGCUAGGUGCAAGAUCCUUGUGUUCUGGAGCAAAGGGUGGGGGGAGACGAACUAACUGCAGGAGAGUGGUGUCAAAUUCAUGUUGCACCCUUUAGAGAGCUCCAACAUUUCAUUUUGAUUGAUGUUGCUAAGAUACGAAUCUUCUUCCUUGAAACACUUGCAUCCGAGAAACUUCUUUCCUGGUUCGGAAGCCAUUUCCAUAAUCAUCUUAGCUCCACUGCAGCAAGGUUCUGAUGGCUUUUUGUCAUUCCCGCUCAAGUAAGCAUAGCAGUCCCUAACUACUGGAGCAACACGAUUGCAUUCGAAAACAUCCGGUGAAAUCCUGGACCCAACCCGGGCUCCUAAGGUUGCCAGCAAGAACAAAUAGGUAACUGCAAGGACUAAGAAUCGGCAUGUCACUGUUGUUUGCAUGGUUUUUUUCUAGUAUCAAGUUGCAUAUGAUACUGAAUGCUAACACUCGCUGGUAUUUAUAUGGAUUAAGUUGGUGGAGUCUGGCAAGCAAUGUGAACCUAAAAGACAAGUCUGGUGAGUCGUUUGCUUCUUAGGGCAAUAUAAAGAACGUUUGCUUGUUCAUGUAUUAAAUUACAAAUUUUUUUAUAACUGAAAUAGUAUGGCUAUGACAUAACGACCAUGAAGUUGCUUAUGAUGCUGACUGGUAACACUCGCUGGUAUUUAUAUGGAUUAAGAGAAUAAGAGGGUGGACUCUGCCAAGCAAUGUGCAGCUAAAAGGCAAGUCUGGUUAUGUGCUGCCGCCACAGGUUGAACUCGAACCGUAACUGGCUUUGAAUCCUUCGAUUUUAUUGUUCGAAGAUUGUUGAAGCAUUCUCCUGGAGGUUACGAAUAUUGCUGCAAACUGCCACCAGAACUGUUUGUAUUUUAAGAUGUCAGACCAGCGGAAUGUUAAUGACCAACUGCCGAAUGGGAAGACGACUGGGGCGGGGAAUGCUUAUUCAAUAGAUGUGGAGAACUUUGGUACACGAUUGAAGGCCCUCUAUUCACACUGGAGUGGACAUAAAGCUGAUUUAUGGGGUUCCUCUGAUGUCCUUGCAAUAGCAACUCCGCCACCUUCAGAGGAUCUGCGGUACAUGAAGUCCUCGGCCCUGAACAUUUGGUUGUUGGGCUAUGAGUUCCCGGAGACAGUAAUGGUUUUCACCAGCAAACAAAUCCAUUUUUUGUGCAGCCAGAAGAAAGCGUCUCUUCUUGGAGUUGUGAAAAAUACUGCAACCAAAGCUGUUGGGGUAGAGGUUGUCAUGCAUGUGAAGGCAAAGAAUGAUGAUGGAACUGCGCUAAUGGAUGCUAUAUUUUGUGCAGUUCGUGCUCAUUCAAGUGAGGACAUCGUUGUGGGGUACAUUGCAAAAGAGGCUCCUGAAGGGAACCUUCUGGAAAGAUGGGCAGAGAAAUUAAACAAUGCUGGCUUUGUACUUGGUGAUGUGACCAACGGCUUGUCUGACCUGUUUGCUGUCAAGGAUGCUGGUGAGCUUUUGAAUGUGAAGAAGGCUGCUUUCUUGGCUUAUAAUGUGAUGAACAAUGUUGUGGUUCCAAAGCUUGAGAAUGUUAUUGACGAGGAGAAGAAAGUCACCCAUUCUUCAUUGAUGGAUGAUACAGAGAAGGCCAUACUGGAACCGUCUAAAGCUAAGGUGAAACUGAAGGCGGAGAAUGUUGAUAUCUGUUACCCUCCAAUAUUUCAGAGUGGAGGGGAAUUUGAUCUCAGGCCGAGUGCUGCAAGCAAUGAUGAGUAUCUGUACUAUGAUUCUGCUAGUGUGAUCAUUUGUGCUGUUGGAUCCCGAUAUAGCAGUUACUGCUCAAAUAUUGCGAGGACUUUUUUGAUUGAUGCGAAUCCGCUGCAGAGCAAGGCAUAUGAGGUUCUUCUCAAGGCCCAUGAAGCUGCAAUUGCUGUACUGAAGCCUGGGAACAAUAUCAGUGCUUCAUAUCAAGCAGCCCUUUCUGUGGUUGAGAAGGAAGCUCCUGAGUUGGUUCCCAAUCUGACAAAGUCUGCUGGGACUGGUAUUGGUCUUGAGUUUCGUGAGUCAGGAUUGAAUAUAAAUUCCAAGAAUGAUAAAGUGGUGAAGGCAAAAAUGGUUUUUAAUGUUUCACUUGGUUUUCAGAAUUUGCAGAGACCGACCAAAAACCCAAAAACCCAGAAUUUUUCACUGUUACUGGCAGAUACUGUUAUCAUUGGUGAUCAAAACCCAGAGGUUGUGACUUCCAAGAGUUCUAAAGCUGUUAAAGAUGUAGCUUACUCAUUCAAUGAGGAUGAUGAAGAAGAAGAAAAGCCUAAAGCAAAGCCAGAAGCUAAUGGGUCGGAGGCUUUCAUGUCAAAGACAACCCUCAGAUCAGAUAAUCAUGAAAUUACAAAGGAGGAGCUACGGAGGCAGCAUCAAGCAGAACUUGCUCGUCAAAAGAAUGAAGAAACUGCCCGGCGUCUUGCUGGUGGAGGAAGUGGUGCAGGGGAUAGUCGUGCUUCUGCGAGGACUUCAGCUGAUUUGGUUGCCUAUAAGAAUGUGAAUGACCUACCCCCUCCAAAGGGUUUGAUGAUUCAGAUCGACCAGAAGAAUGAGGCUGUUAUAUUGCCUAUCUAUGGAAGUAUGGUUCCUUUUCAUGUUGCUACCAUAAGAACAGUCUCCAGCCAGAGUGACACAAACCGAAAUUGCUACAUACGAAUCAUUUUUAACGUUCCUGGAACUCCUUUUAAUCCUCAUGAUGCUAACUCCCUGAAAUACCAAGGUGCUAUAUAUUUGAAAGAGGUUUCUUUUCGCUCCAAGGACCCAAGGCACAUAAGUGAAGUGGUUCAGCAGAUAAAAACUCUUAGGCGACAAGUCGUGGCCAGGGAGUCUGAGAGAGCCGAGAGGGCAACUCUUGUUACUCAGGAGAAGCUACAACUUGCGGGGAACAGAUUCAAACCGAUAAGGUUGCUUGAACUUUGGAUCCGUCCUGUCUUUGGUGGUCGUGGAAGAAAGAUUCCUGGUACACUUGAAGCUCAUGUAAAUGGGUUCAGGUAUUCUACCACUAGACCUGAGGAGCGUGUGGAUAUCAUGUUUGCAAACAUCAAGCAUACAUUUUUCCAGCCUGCAGAGAAGGAGAUGAUUACUCUUCUGCAUUUCCAUCUGCACAAUCACAUCAUGGUGGGAAACAAGAAGACCAAGGAUGUGCAGUUUUAUGUUGAGGUGAUGGAUGUGGUUCAGACGCUGGGAGGUGGAAAGAGGUCAGCCUAUGAUCCUGAUGAGAUUGAAGAAGAGCAACGAGAAAGGGAUAGGAAGAACAAGAUCAACAUGGACUUCCAGAGUUUUGUGAGUCGAGUAAACGAUCUAUGGGGCCAGCCCCAAUUUAAUGGGCUUGACCUUGAGUUUGACAUGCCUCUCAGGGAACUUGGUUUCCAUGGGGUGCCUCACAAGGCCUCAGCUUUCAUUGUUCCAACUUCAAGCUGCCUGGUAGAGUUAGUAGAAACUCCUUUCCUUGUGAUCACACUGAGCGAGAUUGAGAUUGUCAACCUGGAGAGAGUUGGUCUUGGGCAGAAAAAUUUUGAUAUGACAAUUGUUUUUAAGGACUUCAAGCGUGAUGUACUCAGGAUUGACUCCAUUCCUUCAACAUCACUUGAUGGCAUCAAGGAAUGGCUUGAUACAACGGAUAUAAAGUAUUAUGAGAGCAGAUUGAAUUUGAACUGGAGGCAGAUACUGAAAGCAAUCACAGAUGAUCCACAGAGCUUCAUAGAUGAUGGUGGUUGGGAAUUUCUGAACUUGGAAGCUAGUGAUUCAGAUUCUGAUAAGUCUGAGGAGUCAGACCAUGGUUAUGAACCAUCAGAUUUAGAGGUUGUCUCCGAGUCGGAAGAUGAUGCCUCUGACAGUGAAUCAUUGGUGGACUCUGAAGAUGAUGAGGAGGAGGACUCAGAAGAAGACUCUGAGGAAGAAAAAGGUAAGACAUGGGAGGAGUUGGAGAGGGAAGCCAGCAAUGCCGACAGGGAGAAAGGAGAAGAUUCAGAUAGUGAAGAUGAUAGAAAGAGAAGGAAGGCAAAGGCAUUUGGGAAGUCUCGAGCCCCUCCUACUAGCAGCCUCUCCAAGCGUGCCAAAUUGAGGAGAUAGCUUUUGACAUUAGAUCUCUCUCUACCUAUUCCUUAACUGCUGCUAUGAUAUUCUAGAAAUACAAAUCCUAUCAGAAUCCGCAGAAACUAGUAUCCGUAACCUGUCUCUCUCUUUCCCUCUGUUUUUGGUCAUGUUGUGCAGCUAAUUCUGCUGCUACAGAUCUCAGUUUCAUAACUUAGCUUUGAAAUUGUUAUCUAAUGGUUUUGGUGGGAGGUUUUGUUUCUUUAGCAUUAGUCAUUAAUUAGGGUUCCUAGAAGAACGGAUUCAUGGUUGUAAAUUGCUGCCAUUAGUUUUAUUGGACGUAAAGUCCUCUUGUUUAUGCA